GUGAGUUGUCAGGAAGGGUUAGCCAGAAGAGAAAGCGACCAUCUCUCCUCUCAAGUUGUCUGUAGAUAUCCAUCGAGGAAUUCUUUCUUUAUAAUUCCACUUCGUUAGGAUAGUGAAAACAGUCUUCGAGGAGUUCUGGAGCGAAUCGGCCCACAGGCGUCACGUGAAAACCUUCCCGGGAGGACCGUCAACUUCGGUCGGAACGUCUAAUGCUGUAAGCGGAACGGAAGUAACUUGCCAGCUGUCUGGCGAAGCUUGCUAGGCACUAUCUGAAUGCCAUCUCUGUGGGUGAUGGAGUUGAGCAGGCAAAUCUGUUUGAAGAUGAAGAGAAACCGGAGGGCCCAGCCCUCCUCCUCUCCUGCUUCCACUUUAGGCCUGGAGAUUCAUUUUUACCAUCAAGACAUGAACCAGCUGCAGUACUCCAAAGGGUGUUACACUGCUGAGCAGCUCUGCGUGGAUGCUGCCAAAAUAUGCUCAAUCUCCCCAUUGUGCCACAACCUAUUUGCUCUGUAUAAUGAGGCAACUUGCACCUGGUAUCCACCCAAUCAUGAGUUCAAGAUCACAGAUGACACAAGCCUCAAGUUGCAUUAUCGCAUGAGGUUUUAUUUCAGAAACUGGCAUGGCACCACUGAAGGAGAGUCUCCAGUUUGGAGACAUUGCAUCAGUAAACUCAGAGGCCAGAGCCCACAGAAAAUACCAGAAGGGACCCCACUGCUGGAUGCUGCUUCCCUAAACUACCUUUUUUCCCAAGGACAACAUGACUUUCAGACAGGCAUGGUUCCACUGAGGACAUCCCAGUCAGAGGCUGAGCAACACGAGAUUGAAAAUGAAUGUUUGGGCAUGGCUGUGCUCGCUAUUACUCACCAUGCCAUGACCUUGGAGAUGCCCCCAGCCACCGCCUCGCGUGAAAUCAGCUACAAGAGGUUCAUCCCAGAGAUGCUGAAUCGCAACAUAAAGCAGCGCAACAUUCUGACUCGCAUCCGCAUCAACAACGUGUUCAAGAAGUUUCUGAGUGAAUUCAACAAUGGCACUGUUAAGGACAGCAACAUCACAACAUACGACCUAAAGAUCAAGUAUCUGGCCACGCUGGAGGGACUGACUUGCAGCUUAGGCAGCGAGCUGUUUGAGCCGGUCUCAUUCAGUGUUAAGCAGGAGGGGGACCUGUGCAACGGAGGCUACUCUGGUUACUACAAUCAGAGCCAGGGGCAGAACCAGGGGCAGAACCAGAGUCAGAACGUGGAGACAAGCCAUGACAUGCAGGUCCUUGUUGCCGGUACCUCUGGCAUUUCCUGGAGGAGUAAACCCUCUGUGAUGCCCGUGAUUUCUAAAGAGAAGAGCAAGUCAAAGAAGAACAAACAGGAUGGAAAGCAGAAAAAUGACAGGAACAAAGAACCAAACAAAGGCUGGCUGGUGUUCUGUGACUUCCAUGAGAUCACACACACUGUCAUCAAAGAGGCGACAGUCACGAUCUACAGACAAGACAACAAAAAGAUGGAGAUGCAAAUGGCUUCUCGCUCUGAGGCCCUGUCUUUUGCAGCCCUCGUGGAUGGGUACUUCCGUCUCACAGUGGAUGCCCAUCACUACUUGUGCAAAGAGGUUGCUCCGGCCUCAGUGGUGCACAACAUUGAAAAUGGGUGUCAUGGACCUAUUUGUACGGAGUACGCUGUACACAAGCUGCGUCAGGAGGGCAAUGAGGAGGGCACCUACAUCCUGCGGUGGAGCUGUACUGAUUACCAGUACAUUAUCAUCACUGUGGUCUGCAAUGAGAUCGAUCUGAGGGAGUCUCGUCAGGUACAUCAGUAUAAGAACUUCCAGAUUGAAGUGACUCCCAAUGGCUUCCGCCUGUAUGGCACAGAAACAUUUCGGCCUACUCUCAAGGAGCUUCUGAAGCACCUGGAGGGUCAGAAUCUUCGCACGGACAACCUCCAGUUUCAGCUGCUUCGCUGGUGCCCUCCUCAACCAAGAGAAAUAUCAAAUCUUCUGGUGGUCACUAAAGACAGAGCUCCAGCACCUCAGACUCCAAUGCAGGAGAGUCAACUGAGCUUCCAUCGCAUUCUCAAGGAGGAAAUUGAACAGGAGGAGCACCUCGGCCCGGGCACAAAAACCAACAUCUACUCAGGCACUUUGAGGGUGAAGAAUGAGGAAGAGGAGGAUGUGGGUUACUCCUCCUUCCAGGAGGUCAAAGUGGUCCUGAAGGUCCUGGGCUCUGGACACAGGGAUAUCUCCUUGGCCUUCUUCGAAACGGCUAGUAUGAUGCGGCAAGUGUCCCAUAAACACAUCGUGCUGCUCUAUGGUGUGUGCGUCCGCCAUCAGGAGAAUAUCAUGGUGGAGGAGUUUGUCCAACUGGGACCGCUGGAUCUGUUCAUGAGGAGACAGCAGAAUCCGCUCAGCACCGCAUGGAAGUUCCAGGUGGCCAAACAGCUGGCCUCAGCCCUCAGCUACUUGGAGGACAAAAAGCUUGUCCAUGGCUUUGUGUGUGCUAAGAACAUUCUGCUGGCCAGAGACGGACUUGGUGCCGAUGAAGGGGGACCCUUCAUCAAGCUUAGUGAUCCAGGAAUACCCAUCACUGUGCUCACCAGAGAGGAGUGUGUGCACCGUAUUCCCUGGAUUGCCCCAGAGUGUGUGAAUAAUGUGUCGUCCUUGGGUGUUGCGGCUGACAAAUGGGGAUUUGGUACCACUCUGUGGGAGAUCUGUUAUGAUGGAGAGGUCCCUCUGAAAAAUAAGAAGCUCACAGAGAAGGAGAGGUUUUAUGAAACCGAGUGUCAACUGGCCACCCCCGACUGCAGAGAGCUGGCUGAACUCAUGACCCACUGCAUGAACUACGAUCCCAAAAAAAGACCUUUUUUCAGGGCUAUCGUCAGAGACAUUGAUAAGCUUGAGGAGCAAAGCCCGUUCAUCCCACCCAAACCUACCGCAGAAGUGGACCCAACAGUGUUUGAGAAGAGAUUCCUGAGGAUGAUCAGAGUACUCGGAGAGGGCCAUUUUGGUAAAGUUGAGCUGUGUCGCUACGAUCCUCGGGGAGACAGAACGGGGGAGCUGGUCGCAGUGAAGUCGCUGAAGCCAGAUAAAGGCGAUGAGCAGAGCAACAACCUCUCCAGAGAAAUCGACGUCUUGAAGGCACUCUACCAUGAAAACAUCGUCAAGUACAAGGGCAUAUGCCAAGAGGAGGGUGGCCAGGCCAUCAAGCUGAUAAUGGAGUAUCUUCCACUGGGCAGUUUGAAGGAGUAUCUUCCCAGAAACAAGAGCAGGACCAGCCUCAGCACCCUGCUCAGCUACUCUGCCCAGAUAUGCGAGGGGAUGGAUUAUUUGGGAUCCCGAAAUUACAUCCACCGAGACCUGGCUGCCCGCAACGUGCUGGUGGAAAAUGAGAGGACGGUCAAGAUUGGAGAUUUUGGCCUCACCAAGAGCAUCAAAGACAACGAGGGGUAUUACACCGUCAAAGACGACCAUGACAGUCCCGUUUUCUGGUAUGCUCCAGAGUGCCUGACUCUCUGCAAGUUUUACCUCGCCUCAGAUGUUUGGUCCUUUGGAGUGACGAUGUACGAGAUCAUCGCUUACUGCGACUCCACCAAGAGCCCCAUGAUGCGCUUCUCUGAAAUGAUCGGUCGAACCCAGGGUCAGAUGACCAUCAUCCGACUGGUGAAGGUGCUGCAAGAAGGAAAGCGGCUGCCGCGUCUGGAGGGCUGUCCUGAGCCGGUCUACGAACUGAUGCGCAAGUGCUGGGAGCAGGCGCCGGAGAGGAGGAUCACCUUCAAGCGCCUGAUCGAGGAUCUGACAACCAUGCAGCAGCAACUGCGGCCACAGAACGACUUUUAAACCGGCAAAUGUUCUGCGAUGAGGCUGACUCUUCCUCCAGAAACGGGGAAGAAUACAGAUGCCCCCUCCACCCAGAACAUAGACAUACUCUGCUUGUGUAGCUUCUCUGGACUGACUCAUAUAAAUAUAUACAUAUAUAUAUAUAUCUCCCUUCCAAAAUCACAGCAAAAAAAGACUUCAAAGUCUAACCAUUGUUUCAGCAAGCUGCAAAUGUUUUUUGUUUAUCAUAUUAAUCACUUUUUUUUCUCUGUUGUGCUGAAUGUGAUGUGUUUUUACUACCAGUUAAAUCAGAAACAUUUAUCUGUCCGCACUUUGAAAAAAUGCCACAGUCAAGAGGACUGGUGCUCUGUUGUUCUUAGAGCAUACUGUAAUUCAGUGAACUCACUGAUGGACACUGAAAUAUGCGUUGAGAGUGCCAUCAUCCCGUUCCCCUUCACACAAGACGAAGAAGAAGAAGAAAAAAAAGGCAUUUAGACUUAAUCACACUUUCACUUAGCCACAUUGUGAUUUUUAGUGGAUUUUUACUAAACCAUGUUAGAAAGUGCUUGGCUGGAGAGAUGCAGUAGAUGAGAUCCAGACAUCGCCACUGAAAACAAGCUGCUGCGUUUUGAUUCAGAGACUCUCGCUUAAGGAAACAUUGCAUGAUUUUUUUUUUUUUUUUUUUUUUUUUUUUUUAGCAGUUAUUAAUGAUGAAUUUCUGAGUUUUCUCUUUAUGAAGAUGCCUCUGCUGAGAAAUUAUGUUUGAUUAGAGUGAAUAAUCGGUCAGCAGGAUCAUUUCACUGUGCGGUCGUCACUCUUUCAGAGUUUGAACAGCUUCAUUGUUCUAAAACAAAGAGGAAAAUCUUCACACUUUUUUGUUGUUGUUGUUGUUGAAGUUUUUAUUUUUCUUCAUUUUUAAUUGUGAGUAGACAAAAUUAACAGUUUGAAGGCAUUUUUUUAUGUUUCAGAAAACUGUGACAGCCAUUUUUUUAAGCAUAUUUUAGAGAAAACAUUAUGGACCAAUGAACUCAAAACACGGCUGCUGAUUGGACUGUUUUUCUGUGAAGGAGCUGUUCAUUCUGCAAACAUCAUGCUUUCUUAGUGCUGGUUUUGUCAUUGAUUUUUUUGUGGUUUAAUCAUGCAAAGAUAUAUUGUUGUGCGGUAGCUGUGCCUGACAGAUCUGUGAGAGACACAGGAGGGCAAAGUAACUUCAACUCUUUCUCCGCUCUCGUCGUCCAGCUUCAAGUUCCAGGUUUGUCAGAGACACAUAUAAAGUGCUGUGUCUUCAGAUAUACUCAAUCAAUAUCGCAAGGAACAGAGACAACCGCUUGAGGUUUUUGAUGGAAGGAUUUCACAUGGAAUGAGAUUUUUCUUGUUUUGUUGCUUUUUUUCUUUCCCAUACAGAGAUUUAUUGUUUUCAGUUAUAUGGAUUGUGUGUCUGUAUUUUUCAUUUGACCUUUCCUUUGUAAUCCUCUAAUAUUCCAGGACAAUUAUAAAAGUGCAUUUAUCUAUGUAUAUGUCAUAUUAGAGCCGGCAGUUUUUCUUACUGUUUUAAUCCCACCUGUAAGAGUUCAGCGAGUUAUUGACGUUUCCACGUCUUCAGAAAAUGGCCAGUUUACUACAUGAAACUGUGAAAGUUGGCAGAAGGACAAGAAAAGGACGAACACCAGGACACGAAUGCGCUUCAGUCCACAUUUUAUUUAGGAAUGUAAAAGACAAUUCCUCUUCUGCUCUAAAUAAGAGAAAAGAAAUAUAUAUUUUUCAAAAAAAAAAAAAAUAAGACAAGAGUAUGACUCAUGGAAAGUAAUUAUCCUUAGAUACACAAUGAAAAAAUAAAUAAAAUCAAUGUUCGCUGUGUACUGUCUGUCAAUCUAAAUGCAACACUUUUCAUAGCUGCUGAAACAUUUUCUUCUAUAUAUUAAAGUUGUAAAGAGGCAUGCUGAAAUUGCUCUAGAAAUACUUUAUUCACAGUAAAACAAUAUCAAUGUAAGUGUAAUAAAAAAUUUAGCAAAAUCUACAGUAUAUCCUAGAUCAAAAAAAUUCACAUACCUGAAAAGCCAAAGCUGUUUACAAAGCAAGAAGCACGGCAAAUCUAAGUUUAUCUACAGCCAGUAAAAUGUGUCAUUAAAUCAGAAAUACUUUAGUAUUGCAAAGCUUUGUGAUCAACACACACAAAAACACGCAGUCAUUCACUAUUGCAAAGUCCAGCCUCGUCACUGACCUUGUGUAAUAUGCAGGAUACAUACUGGCACGAUGGCAACACUCUGAAGCCGAGAGGAAGCUUCGCUUACACAAGAAGAGGGGAAAAAAAACUUUGAGUUUCUGUCUGAAUCCACUCAGCUGUGUGUGCUAAUCCCAAACAAACAAACAAACAAAAAAAAAAAAACCCAAGAUAUUCUGUUCUUAUGUAAAUGCUUAAAA